AUGAGCAAAAACUUCGGGAGUGGCUCUUCAUGGCUAAUCUUCUUCACCUCUCGCGUUUGCGACGCCUUUGCGCUCUUUUUCUAUGCCGGCUCAAUUUUCUUCUUGGAAGCAUAUCAUUCCGAAGGAGCUGGCGAGGCGUGGGGAUGGCUGGGAGCCAUUUGCUUUAAGCUCGCUGCAUUUGCAGAGAUUGCAGCGCUAGCUGCGUGGGGCAGCUCCUCCUUUGAGGUGCUUGAUGCGGUCUUCACCGUUAUGCUUGGAGUUUCCCUCAGCAUUGCGUUUCUUUGGUCGCUUUUUUUCGAGCCUGCCAGCCACCGGUUCGACGUUCGCCUAACACAGUCAGCUAUGAGAAAUGAGUACUACAAGUCUCGCAACGCCAUGGCGUACUACGGCCCAGCAGUUGUGAACGCAGAUGGAAACGUUAAAUCCGUGUUCCUGACUGUUGAGUGGGCAGCCGCUUUGAUGUUCUUUUAG